CUUGCAUGCGGUGGUCGGUUUUCAUGCCGCCGGAUUCAUUUUCUAAACCUUUUUACCUUCCGCUGAUUAAACGGCUCAUUAAUUAAUUAGUAAUGACCCAAAUUAAACUCCUCUCUUUAGGAAUGCCAACGGAAAUUUUGUUUUGGCCGCAGCUUCCCACACUAAUUAACUUUUCACCUCUUAGCAAUUGCAGGCUCCACACUACAAUUAUUUAAACCUCUCGCUUCCCUUCUUUCAACUCACUUUGAGUUCUCCACACAACCCAAUUAAGCCAUGGAAAAAUUAACUGUGUCUCUUUCCAUCCUCAUCCUCUAUACUCUGCUUAUGCUUGUGGUGAUCAUCAACUCAGGAGGGAUUGUGAAUCCGGUUAAUGGACAGGAACAGGAAAAAACCUGGUGUGUUGCGAAACCAUCAUCAAGUGAUGCAGAAUUGACAGCAAAUAUAAACUUUGCAUGUGAUAAUUUGAAGGACUGCAGGCUAAUUCAGCCAAAUGGUGCCUGCUAUAAUCCAAAUACUAAUAUUAACCAUGCCUCAGUGGUCAUGAACCUUUACUACCAGUCCAAUGGCAGAAACUCAUGGAACUGUGACUUCAAGGACUCUGGUCUUAUCUCUAAGAAUGAUCCAAGCUACGGUGACUGCCACUAUCCUUAAUGGCCAGUGCAAUAUAUAGCAAUACAAUGUGCUCGCUCGAGAGGCUUUGCUUGGUUUAGUUUGAAACAGAUAGUGGAGGAAAUCUUCUAGUCUUUCCAUUGAUUUCUUUGUCCAUCAGCAACUUUAUUUUUAAAUGGAAAAUGUGUUCUUUUGUCUU